AACCGUUUCUCGGAAGCGAGUUGGAUUUCCCAUCACUAAUAGAUAGAUAGCUCUCGUUUGUUUGUUAUAAGAGCUGUAAAGCUAUAAGAUAUCUUUCUUAUAGACAACACUUAUUUUCUUCUUCUCGGAUAGAUGUUGUUGAUUUUAUUAAUGCGGAAAGCGCAGACACUGUCCAAUAGCGCGGCAGAGCAUUUUUCAAAAAGGAGAGAAAAAAGUGCGAAAGUGAAAGAGACUGAAGCCAGAGAACAAGGAAGCGCUGCAACUACCGUCAGCUGUAGUGACACACAAUGGCUACAACCAAAACUAUUCUUCUUGAUGUACUUAAUGAUCUACUGGAAAAAGAGUUCAAAGAAUUCAAAUGGCACCUGGGGAACGGUGACAACCCUAUUCCUCGAGGAAAGCUGGAGAAAGCUGAUUACAGUGAUGUUGUGGAUCUCAUGGUGCAGCACUACGGCAAAUCAGAUGCUGGGAAGAUUGCAGUCAGAGUGCUACAAAGCAUUAAGCAAAAUGAGCUUGCUAAACAAUUGAAGGGAAAACUUCAGGAAGUUCCAGAGGACGUAUCUGCUGGAGGUGGAGCUUCAUCCAGUGGGACAUCUGUAACUCGUCAGACACCUGGAGUUACACAGAAUAUUAAAACUUCAGAUGGAGGAACUGUAAAGUCCCACGUUCUUCAAGGAGGUGUUUUCAACGGCCCAGUGACCUUCAACUAAUGGUCAGGGAUCUAUCAAUCAAUCAAUCAAUCAAUCAAUCAAUCUAUCUAUCUAUCCCAAGGAUUUUAAAGGGGUCAUGAAUUGGGAAAUAAAAUUUUCUUUGAUCUUUAGAGAUGUAAGAGGUCAUUGUACUAUAACAAAUAUCAUGUAGGUUUCAGAACUCAAAAUUUCCUCGUUAGUCCAAAAGCAGCUUAUUGAAACCAAGCUCAGAAAAAGACGUGUUUCAGACUUUGUCACAUUAUUACGUCAUAGUUUGACAAAAGACUGCCUCUGCAGAAGAAGAUCCACGCCUACUUCUACAUCAUUGCCUCUUUAGCCCCGCCCACCGUGCCGUGCAUGUCAUGUUGUAGUAAAUACAAUUGUAUUCCCAGACAGCAACAUAGUGUUACAUGUACCAAAUCUGGGGCACACUAUGUUGCUGUCUGGGAAGAGAGUUCCAGAUCGUGUCAGUAAGACACUCUUUGUUUGUUCGCUUUAUUUUACUGUGAAUUCAUUUUUAAACAAGACAGUUCAGAAAAUAAAAGAUGAUGCAGUGACGACUACACUGGACCUGUCAGUAAUGUCGCAACACAAGUGUGAGUAACCGUGUUUUUACCAUGUGUCAUUGUAGCUUCGUCUGAAAAAGGUCGCUUGAAAUGUACUCACUUUACUGAAAAUUAUGAAUGUAUGAUCGAUUAGUGUGACAAGCGAUGGUACAUUUAUUCAUAAUUCAUUUACACGAAACAACUUAAGUUACUAAAACUGUGGAAACUCCAAGUACUUAAACUUUAUUUGCCACUUACAAAGCAUAUGUAAUAUGCAUAAAUGUUUCACAUUCUUGGCAAAUGUUUUCAACUUUUUUGUACCGUCUUUGUUUUAACUCUAAUAUAAUGUGAUAAAAUACAAUACUACCUCACAGAUACAUAAGGAAUAAGAAAUAAAUAUAAAUAAAGAUGAUUAAUUAUUACCAAGCUUUCGCAGACUGCUGUAUCCUUUUAUUUAAGGUGUAGGUUCUUGUCUUACAAUUCUGGAUAUCAAUAUGGCUGAACAUCGGAAGUCUUCAAAACAUUUCCAAACGUGCAAUGGCGGGUGACAUUAAAAAUUAGUUUAAUUUGCAAAACUAUUACCCAAUAAUAGAAGUGGGCGUUUACUUCCAAGUCUUAAACACGGCGAGACCAUUGAAAGAGAAGGUCACAAACAGGACAGAAAAUUGCUUAUUAUUACUUCUAAAUAAGGAUGUUUUUGAUAAUAUUCAUAAUAUGAUACAUGGACAUCAGAGAACAUUAUAUAUUUUAAAAAAAUACAGUUCAUGACCCCUUUAAUGGAGAGAAACUAAACUGCAAUGUUGAAUAUUUGGCAGAUGAAUGUUUAGACAGCUCAUAGUUUUAGAGGCAACAUCCGCAGAUUUGAGGCUCAUUUACUAAAGCCACAAACAUUUUAAUACAUUAAACAGUAUUCAUAUUUUUUAUGUAUUUUCAAUGUAUUUGAGCUUAUAUAUACAUCUCUGUAUUAGUCUGAGUAAUUCUGAACUGUAAACUCUCUGUCCAAUUUCUAAAGAUAUUGUGGUUAUGUGUGUAAAAAUCAACGACCAGCAAUAUUUUUUACUUCGGAAAUGUCAUUUAUGCACUUUCUUGCCAAAAUGGGUGGCACCUAAGAGGGGUAUAAAGACAAUUGCCAAUGUUUGUAUCUCAUAUUCAUUAAAAACAGCUAUAAGCACA